ACUUCAUUCGUCAGCGCUACAGCUGUGAGUAAAUCAUUACACAUUUAAGCAUGAGUGAUGCCAACACAAAACAUGACGCAGAGCCGCUACCAAGCAGUGAGCAAGAGCAGCAGCUACAGCAGGUGCUGCAGCUCCAUGGCCAGCUUAAGUUUGAACAAUCAUCGCUCAAAAGACAACUGCAUACCAUACAACUGCAUCUCUCUGCGCUAAGUAUCGAGAACGAACAUAUGGAGCAGUCUCUAGAAAAGCUGAGCCAACAAACUCAGCAAAAGCAACUCUUCAAUCAGAACAUCAAACAAGAACUCAUGAAGUCCACACACUUGGCGGUCAAUGCCCAAACACGUAUUACGUUUCCGCACAAGUUUUUAGUUCAAAUAUUCAGACCCUUCGCGGAAGAUCAGACGUUAAUGGAGCACUGCAUGCACAUCGACGUUGAGCUGGCCAAAACAAUGCACACGCUGCGCAUGCAGGCAUAUCAGGCACAAGAGCUCAAGUACAAGGAUAUUAUAAAGAAAAAACAAACAGUUCUGGCCUCGAAGCUGGCUGAUAAGUACGAAGCGAAGCUGUCCAAGAAUGAACAAUCCCAACGAUUAAAUGCUGAACAGAUUAGGAAUCACUGCUUCGAACUGCUCCAGGAUUUCCUAAACGAAACCUGUACAGAUAAGCAGCACACUUCAUCGUAUUUGGCUGAGCUGAAAACCUUAUAUGAUCAGGAGACAUACGACUUAUAAUCUUAACCAAUUUCUAAAGAACGUUGCCCUUAUAUAUUUUAUAUUAAUCCACGACACAUUCAUUUUAAAU